AUGGAGCUGCCUCCCCGCGGCCGGGCGUCGCCGGACUCGCCGGUGGACAGCGCCUCCCUGACCUCGCUGGACUCCAGCGUCUUCUGCAGCGAGGGCGAAGGGGAGCCCCUGGCGCUCGGGGACAGCUUCACGGUCAACGUGGGCGGCAGCCGCUUUGUGCUCUCGCAGCAGGCUCUGUCCUGCUUCCCACACACGCGCCUUGGCAAGCUGGCCGUGGUGGUGGCCUCGUGCCGGCGCCCCGGGGCCCUGGCCGCCGUGCCCAGCCCCCUGGAGCUCUGUGACGAUGCCAACCCCGUGGACAACGAGUACUUCUUCGACCGGAGCUCGCAAGCAUUCCGCUACGUCCUGCACUACUAUCGCACCGGCCGCCUGCACGUCAUGGAGCAGCUGUGCGCGCUCUCCUUCCUCCAGGAGAUCCAGUACUGGGGCAUCGACGAGCUCAGCAUUGACUCCUGCUGCAGGGACAGAUACUUCAGAAGAAAGGAGCUGAGUGAAACUUUAGACUUUAAGAAGGACACAGAAGACCAGGAAAGUCAACAUGAGAGCGAACAGGACUUCUCACAAGGACCUUGCCCCACCAUCCGCCAGAAGCUCUGGAACAUCCUAGAGAAACCGGGGUCUUCCACAGCUGCCCGAAUCUUUGGGGUCAUCUCCAUCAUCUUCGUGGCGGUGUCCAUCGUCAACAUGGCUCUGAUGUCAGCCGAGUUAAGUUGGCUGGACCUGCAACUGCUGGAAAUCCUGGAGUAUGUGUGCAUUAGCUGGUUCACCGGGGAGUUUGUCCUGCGCUUCCUGUGCGUGCGGGACAGGUGCCGCUUCCUGAGAAAGGUGCCAAACAUCAUAGACCUCCUAGCCAUCUUGCCCUUCUACAUCACUCUUCUGGUAGAGAGCCUGAGUGGGAGCCAGACUACACAGGAGCUGGAAAACGUGGGGCGCAUCGUCCAGGUUUUGAGGCUGCUCAGGGCUCUGCGCAUGCUCAAACUGGGCAGGCAUUCCACAGGCUUACGCUCACUUGGAAUGACAAUCACCCAGUGUUAUGAAGAAGUUGGCCUGCUGCUCCUAUUUCUAUCUGUAGGAAUCUCUAUAUUUUCAACUGUGGAAUAUUUUGCUGAGCAGAGCAUUCCCGACACAACCUUCACAAGUGUCCCUUGUGCAUGGUGGUGGGCCACAACGUCCAUGACUACCGUGGGAUAUGGGGACAUCAGACCAGACACCACCACGGGCAAAAUCGUGGCCUUCAUGUGUAUCUUAUCGGGAAUCCUUGUCUUGGCCUUGCCCAUUGCUAUUAUUAACGACCGCUUCUCUGCUUGCUACUUCACCUUAAAGCUCAAGGAAGCAGCUGUUAGACAGCGUGAGGCUCUGAAGAAACUUACCAAGAAUAUAGCCACUGACUCAUAUAUCAGUGUUAACUUGAGAGAUGUCUAUGCCCGGAGUAUCAUGGAGAUGCUUCGAUUAAAAGGCAGAGAAAGAGCAAGUACUAGGAGCAGUGGAGGAGAUGAUUUCUGGUUUUGA